GCUAGAGCCUUACUACAGUGUAACACUACACUACUCCGUCCAUGCUCGUCACUCCCACAAGGCGGCUACGUGCAGCGUCACAGCGAGAUCAGACUUGUGACGUCGGGAUUAGCUGUCACAGGCAGGAGCCAAGGAGCUGGACAUUAAUGGCGUUGCGGGACGUUUAAGCACCGAUCCGGGACUGCGGGUUGUGUUAAAAAAAUCGGGGUGGUUCCGCAAAGAGCGGCCCUGUUAGGCGGUAUGGAUUUUUGUUUUUUAUAUUGAUAUUUUAUGUAAUUCGCAGACGUUUAUUCAUAUUUAAAGACUUUUUUUCCUUUACACUUGGAAUUAGAAUUUCUUGUGCUCAGAAGGGCUCCCAGACCCUUCCCCCGUAUGAGUUACCAUGUCAAAGACUCUGAAAAAAAAGAAGCAUUGGCUGAGUAAAGUUCAGGAAUGUGGCUUAUCGGGGGUAGGUGGGGACCCGUGCUCCCUUCUUGAGAUCCGAGGUGGCGCAGAACACGGGGAGUUUCCUUAUUUGUGUCGCCUUAGAGAGGAUGUUGCCAGCUUCAUUGUGGGGAAAGUGCCCAGCCAAGGGGAUGUACUGCUGGAGGUGAAUGGAACGCCGGUUAGUGGCCUUACACACCGGGACACUUUGGCCGUGAUCAGGCACUUCAGAGAACCUAUUCGUCUGAAAACAGUCAAACCUGGUAAAGUCAUCAAUAAAGAUUUACGACAUUACCUAAGUUUGCAGUUUCAGAAAGGAUCCGUUGACCACAAGCUGCAACAAGUGAUUAGGGACAACCUAUAUUUGAGAACUAUACCCUGUACCACAAGGUCCCCACGAGAUGGUGAAGUUCCAGGAGUAGAUUAUAAUUUUAUUUCUGUUGAGCAGUUUAAAGCUUUAGAAGAUAGUGGAGUGUUGCUAGAAAGUGGAACAUAUGAUGGUAAUUUCUAUGGAACCCCUAAACCACCUGCAGAACCAAAUCCCUUCCAGUCAGACCCAGUGGAUCAAGUCUUAUUUGAUAGUGAAUUUGACACAGAGACCCAGAGAAAAAGGACUACAUCUGUCAGUAAAAUGCAGCGCACAGACUCUUUGCUCCCAGAAGAAGAAGAUGAAGAGGAAAGAGAUACAGUAAAUGGCAGUAGUGGAAGUACAGAGCAUAAAGACAGACAGGAACCGUCAGACUGGGGAAAGACUGUCCCAAGCUACAACCAAACUAAUAGCUCUAUGGAUUUCAGGAACUACCUAACGCGAGAUGAAAACCUGGAGCCCCUUCCAAAGAACUGGGAAAUGGCUUACACUGAAGCAGGGAUGAUCUAUUUUAUAGAUCACAAUACGAAAACAACCACAUGGCUAGAUCCAAGGCUGUGUAAGAAAGCAAAAGCUCCUGAAGACUGUGAGGAUGGAGAACUUCCUUAUGGCUGGGAGAAGAUAGAAGAUCCACAAUAUGGCAUCUACUAUGUUGACCACAUAAACCAGAAAACACAAUUUGAAAAUCCAGUGCUAGAAGCUAAGCGUAAAAAACAGCUUGGUCAGCUAAAUGCUGCUUCUUCUGAGGGAGCGAUACAUCAAGAGCCUGAAAACUCCCAGUUUACCAGGGAUCCUUCUCAGCUUAAGGGAGCUCUUCUGCACACAUCCUUAAAGAAGAGCGCCAUGGGUUUUGGUUUCACUAUCAUCGGAGGGGACAGACCAGAUGAAUUCUUGCAGGUGAAGAAUGUUCUAAAAGAUGGGCCUGCUGCCCAGGAUGGAAAAAUAGCACCAGGUGACGUGAUUGUAGACAUUAAUGGAACCUGUGUUCUUGGUCAUACGCAUGCUGAGGUUGUUCAGAUGUUUCAGCUUAUACCAAUUAACCAGUACGUGAAUAUGACACUCUGCCGGGGUUAUCCUCUUCCUGAAGACAGUGACGACCCUGUAGCAGAAAUUGUUAAUACAGUACCACCAAUAAUUAAUGGCCAGAUGAUGAAUCAAGGAGACAUCAACAUGGGAAGCCAGGAAUUAAAAUCUGGAGUAAUUGAUUUGGAUCAGAGUGGAAAACCAGGUCAAAUGGUUGUAAAUGGGAGACUGAAUGCACCUUCCUUAGAUAUACAAGAUCAAAGGGCAUCUAUGGCAUCUUCUGGGAACACUCUGCCUGAACUUGUGACUAUUCCUUUACUUAAAAGUCCAAAAGGUUUUGGGUUUGCCAUAGCUGACAGCCCAAUGGGGCAGAAGGUUAAAAUGAUCUUGGACAGCCAGUCUUGUCCAGGUUUGCAAAAAGGAGAUGUAAUCAAAGAAAUUUGCCAUCAAAAUGUUCAAAACCUAACUCACAUCCAAGUAGUUGAAGUCUUAAAGCAAUUCCCAGUUGGAGCAGAAGUACCAUUACUUGUCUUAAGAGGAGGUCCUCCAUCUCCAGCCAAAGUAACAAAAGUGAAGGCUGAUAAACAGGAACUUGUGGGUAGUCUUGAGGCUAUUGUCCCAGGUGAUCCUUUGCCACAGCCUUUGCCUUUCCCCCCAAAUCUUGCACGAUCCAGCUCUCCCAAGCUUGACCCUUCAGAAGUUUACAAGAAGUCAAAGAACAUUUUUGAAGAUAAGCCACCUAAUACUAAAGACUUGGAUGUGUUCCUAAGGAAGCAAGAGUCUGGCUUUGGAUUUAGGGUCCUUGGGGGAGAUGGUCCAGACCAAGCUAUUUACAUCGGAGCCAUCAUUCCACUAGGAGCAGCAGAGAAAGAUGGACGCCUUCGUGCCGCAGAUGAACUAAUCUGCAUUGAUGGAGUUCCAGUUAAAGGAAAGUCUCACAAGCAGGUCCUAGAUCUAAUGACCAAUGCAGCUCGAAAUGGACAUGUGCUACUUACUGUGCGACGGCAGAUCUACUACACAGAUAAGCAGCAAGAAGAGGAGGAACCCCAGCACACUCCUCCACCAUACAAUGGCUCACCGAAACUGAAUCGUAUUGAGGUUUCUGCUAUUUCCAAGUUGCCUGCAGAAGCCUAUGAUGUGAUUUUACAGCGCAAGGAUAAUGAAGGUUUUGGGUUUGUCAUCUUGACUUCCAAAAACAAGCCACCUCCUGGAGUUAUCCCUCACAAGAUUGGCCGUGUGAUUGAAGGGAGCCCUGCUGAUCGAUGUAGAAAGCUGAAGGUGGGCGACAGGAUCUCUGCUGUAAAUGGACAGUCCAUUGUAGAACUAUCACAUGAUAAUAUUGUGCAGCUAAUAAAGGAUGCUGGAAAUGCAGUCACCCUCACAGUGGUUGCUGAAGAAGAACACAGAGGUCCUCCAUCUGGAACAAACUCUGCAAGGCAGAGUCCAGCACCGCAGCACCGAGCUAUGGGACAGGCUCAACCCUCUUAUGGAACCUUGGACAGGUAUUCAUGGUCUGAUCAUAAAGCUGACUUUGGACCCACACUGUCUGCAGGAAUUUGGCAAAGCCAGAGUGUUGGGUGCUACCCUGUGGAACUGGAAAGAGGUCCUAGAGGUUUUGGAUUCAGCCUGCGUGGAGGAAAAGAAUACAACAUGGGUCUUUUUAUUUUACGACUAGCAGAAGAUGGUCCCGCCAUAAAAGAUGGGCGUAUCCACGUUGGAGACCAGAUUGUUGAAAUCAAUAGUGAACCAACACAGGGCAUCACUCAUACUCGGGCAAUUGAGCUAAUCCAAGCUGGUGGAAACAAAGUUCUUCUCCUUCUGAGACCCGGAACAGGUCUUAUACCAGACCACAAUGAUCUGGAUAGUGCUCAUCCUUCAUCUUCAAGUGUAGUAUUUGAAGACCUCACAACAUUUUCAUCAACCUCAUUCACAACUCCUGUUUCUGGAGUUUCUUGUUUAAAAAACUGUGAUGAGGAUUUGGUAGAACUUCAGGAAAAAGAAACUGUGCCAAAAGACAACACACACAAAAGCAGGAAUGCAAACUCAUUGCCCAGUUUUAGCAUCCAAGACCAAGAGACGGGGUCUUUACAGCAGGACAAGCCUGCCUCUGAUGUUCCUCACUAUAGUAAACAUAAAGAUACAUCUGUAAGCCCUCCAAACACCUUUGAUAAGAAUCAGGUAGAGGCUGCAAAGAAAAAUGACAAAAGGAGAGGUCGGUCUGUAAGUCCUAAGAAGUCUGUCAAUAAAAACUCUAGUUUACAUCUUGAAGGCCCCCAGGGCCCUACAGAGGGUGUCUCAAAAGAAAUUAGAGAUAGGUCUGCAAGUCCAAGGAAGGUGUAUACUAAAACUACUGAGGGUGUUGCUGAUACAGUUACACUUGCCAAUGACCAUACAAGAGGAUACAGAGGGAGAUCUACCAGUCCAAAAAAACCUUACAAAAAUGAAGGUGUAGCAAAAGAAAGCACCAGAGAGCAAAAAUCCCAGUCCAGAUCCCAUAGGUCUUCUGCAAAACCAGAAAGUCAAGACCAGGUCAGGGAGAUUAAGGAUAAGCAUGAAAAAUCAAAGAGAGGAGAUAGGGGAGAGAAACAAAAUAUUGAAGAAAAGCAUGAGAAAAACAAAAAAGAAGAAAGAAGUGAGAAAAGGAAAGAAAAAGUUGUCAAAUCUAGAAAAGAAGAGAGUGAUGAAAAAAAAGUAGAUGAAAAAUAUGAUAAAUACAAGAGAGAAGAGAAAGAUGCAAAACCCAGAAAAGAGGGUAAUGAAGAUAAAUCCAAAAGAGGUCAGAGGUUAGAUAAAUCUAAAAGAGAUGAGAGGGCUGAAAAGUCCAGGAGAGAAGACAGAGAUGAGAAAUCUAGAAGAGAUGAAAGGAAAGUAUUGCAGGAUGAGAGAAUAACAGAUGAAAAAAAUGAGAGAUCAAAAAAAGAAGAAAGAUCACAAUCCAAGGAUGCAGACGAAAAAUGCUCUCUAGAACAGAAAAACAAGAAAGAAGUAAAAAUUAAAGUUUUACAAAAAAAUAGUGACCAUGAACAGAAAAAGAAUGAGACCGAAUCUUCCAAAAAGCAAACUCAAGGCAUAGUCCAAAAAUCUGGCAAAGAAGCAGAAACGGCUCAGUGCAAGGAUUCCAUUGUGCCGCACAAUGAACCUCACAAAAAACCUACAGCUGAAAAUACAGAGAAAACCAAAGAUGAAGGUGUGUCAAAGACGGGACUUAAAAAGUCACAUAUUGCUCCUGGACCAUGGAAAGUACCCACUGCAGACAAAGUCACUGAUGCUGACACUUUAAAACUAUAACUUUUAGGUGAAUAUAGCAUAUAUAUAUUAGCUAAUUCAGCUGAGCCUGAGACUAUAAAUGUUUCUGCAUGAAGAAUGGUUGGGAUUUUAUGGCAGUGAGUAGUCUUCCUGAAGACUGCGAUACAUGUGACUAUGUGGCCUUGUCUUGCUGCACUUCUAAUUUUGUGCUGCUAAAAUGAAGACAAAUUGGGCAGAGUGCUGUGAUGAUGCUGAAUAUAUUUUAUCAUUGUUUUUGUGGUAAUAACAUGCCCACAUUGCAUCUUAUUAUUACUAUGCCAUGUGACCUAUCUGCUCUUUAAACCUAAACUAAUCAGCUUUUAAAAUAAUUCCUUAAGCCAAAAUUCAUGGUUUUAUGAAAUAUUAGAUUAGCAUGUUGCAUGUUUACAUACAGAAAUGAACAGAUCUGUGCCAAUCAAGGCAAAGGAGCACUGAUAGAAAUGAUCACUGAAACAAGUGUAAACCCGCUAACCUUUUUUCUAGGUAUAUUCCACAUUUUGUAAAAUAUGGUUUGUAUGCCAUAACAGAGACUUUAAGCAUAUGAUAUAUUUAACACAACCAUAAAGGUAACUUAUAUGAAGAAGAAUUUUGGAUUGGUGUAGACUACAUUCUCUACGUAGUAAUUACCUUGAAAUAAUGGCUCUGUAUAAAAGUAUGUCAUUUUUUCUGGAGA